AUGGAUGAAAGGCCCGAGCCUACCCGUGAAGACAAUUUGUCUCCCCCUGUUCAGUCGCUUAAUCCUAGCUUCUCUGAUGAGCCUAUGAAGCCUACUAAAGUCAUGACUGGAGACGGUGCCCCUGCUAACCUUGACCCCACCAUGCCGGACCAAGAGCAUAGCGAAGCCACCGAGGAAGGAUCCUUCAUCUCUUCCGCGGAAUCUGUCUCUGAAUUGCCUCAAUUAUCUGCUAAGCAGGCUCGGGUUCAUUUCAUUGAACCAGUCAUUCCGGAGCUCGAGAAGUCAGAGGAUGCACUCAAGACUGAGCAUGAUGUUGAGGAGCCUUUGGCUUGUUCGGAUCAGGAGCCUAACAAGCAUGUUUGUGAUGAAGCUGACCUUGGAAGUGCUUUACCUCGUGUUUCCAUCGCUACGGAAGAGCCAGAGAAUACUACGGACAACUCGGAUAUGAAGGAUGGUGCGAACUCGGAGAAAGAACCUAAGAUUGGAUUCAGGCAUGAUCCCGACGAGGAAAGGGUUCUCGCAAACAUGGAACUUGACGAUGAUGCUUCUUCGAAAUCAAAGAAGAAGAAAAAGAACAAGAGACGCCCCAAGAGCCAGAGAGGAGAGAACGCGCCCACGGGAUUCGAACCCUUCUAUGCCGAUGCACCAAUUACUCCGAAGGAGUUCGAGGAGAACAAGAACAUCUAUGAUCCUGCUUUGCCCAUUCUUGAUCGAAUUGACGAGGCGAUCAAGCGCUUCUUGUACAAACGACGCCUUGAGCCCUACAGACGCAAGGUUUUCCUCAAGUACCUACAGUACGGCGGUGUCAGCGUGGGCCCCAACCAUUCGCAGGGAGUGACUCCUUCGGAAUUGAAGGAGAUGUCUAAAGAAGAGGCCAUGCAAGCUCGCUGCCACACGGCCACCAUUCCUAAGAUGGGAAAACCAUACCCAAUCUCUUUCAAUGACGUUGCCACUGGCUACCUAACUGGGUACUACAUGGGCUACUACAAUCCUGAUACUGAGGAGGAGAUCAAAGUCUGCACUGACACCAUGAAGAACUUCUUUUCCUACCUGCUCUACCACAAUGUUUGCCCCGAGCAGAACGAGGACCUUGAGGAAGCUCGAAAGACAUGUGAUCGGUCCGCCAAAGAGCUGUGGAUGAACCAGCAACUCGUACACCAUCAAGGCCCCGGAGACUUCAACCGCGGUUGCUCCUUGCUGUUUGGUGGUUACUACUUCGAGGAUGUCGUUGACCCCGAGGUUUGGUCCAACAUUCGAUAUGCUGACCAGAAGGUCUUCACCGCUGAAAUCGCUCGCAAGGUCGUCAAAUAUGGCAUUGCAAUUGCCGGGAAUGAUCGGACUGCUCGCAAAUUCAAGAUGAUUGCUGACAAGGACAUGAUCGAAGCCAAGCAGAUUCCGGACAUCGAUGGCUUUGAGGUCAUCUCCGUGGAGGAACCUAGUGAGGAAGUCAUGGCAUACUACAGGGAGCUAGGCCCCGAUCUGAUGCCAGUGGGCAAGGUUCGAAGCAAGGAAUUCCGUGAUCCUGCUAGAGGUCCCUUCGACCUCACUCCCUGGGAAAAGAUCGACUGGGAUGCUGGUUUUGCCCCAACUUACGAGUUCGAAUUUCUCGUCGAAGCUCCUCUACUUGUCCAUAUCUUGCCCGGCAUGAAGAUUAUCACAGACGUCUAUCAGACCAACUUCGGACAGUACUAUUUCGAUGAGAUUCUGUCGGUCCUGCCAAGCUUCUACAAGUUCAUGCACAAUGACUGGAUGAUGGACUAUGUGGAGCCAGCGCCUAUCAACUUCAUCCCCGACGAGGAGGAAGUCGCACGUCGGCUCGCAAAGGAGUCUAUUUUGCGCCCCCCUGAGCCUACCCCAGCCGAGUGGGCUAUGCAUAUGCUGACACACGAGUUGGACUUUGCUGUCAAGCCCGGUGAGGAUCCCAUGGUCGCUGUCUGGCAGAUUAUCCACACCCUAGAAAACUUCGGCUGGGACAUGGAGGAAGUCAAAGACCUGAUGGGCCUGGUGGAUCCGAAUCCACAGAAAGGCAAGGGAAGUUCGGCCCAGGAAGAGCAGUCCCACUGUCGCCUUAGCAAUGAGCCCCGCAACAUUCCCCUGUUCGAAACUCCUAAGCAGGCCCUCGAUCGGACUAUCAAUCAUUUCCAGAACCCGGAAAGGAUCAAGCCCGUUAUCGCGCCCGAGGUCAUCGCGAAGUUCCUCAAGGAGAAAAAGGAAAAGAUAGAAAAGGAACAGGCCCAGAAGAAGAUGCCCGAAAUCACGAUGGAGAUGAUCGUGAAGUUCCUCAACCAUAAGAAGAAGAUGAUGGAAAAGGAAAAGUCGAAGAAUGGACCCAAGGCAUCGGGUGAGAAGAAGGCUACCAAGGAUCAGGAACCUGAGGUACAGGCCAAGAAUCAGACGCCCGAUAUCACGCCGGAAAUGAUCGCGAAGUUCAUCAAGCACAAGAAGAAGAUGAUGGAAAAGGAAAAGUCCAAGAAUGAAACCCAGGCGUCGAAGAUUACGAAGAAUCAGCAACCUGAGGGACAGGCCCAGACUUCGGAUGAGCAGCAUGAUGCGCAAGACCAGGAGUCUGAGGGACAGCCCAAGCUAGGUGCCCGGACUCCGGGUGAGAAGAUUGCGAAGAACCAGGAGCCCGAUGGACAGCUUAACCUGGAACCAACGGAGACUUCGAAGGAGUAG